AUGGGUCUCGACCCUCAUCUUCUACCGCCCGGUGAGGUCGGGGGGCUGGCUGACGAUGUGCUGUAUGAGCCGAUUGAGUUGCGAAUACGCACUCUGAACGUUCACAGCCUGGAGACCGGCGAAGCCGGCCUCAGACAAGCUUCACUUCCGGUCCGGCCAUUGCUCAUCAACCGGCCACCGGGCGCCGGAGAACUGACGAGUGUGCUACAUGGUCGACCGGGCUUCCAUUUGUCAGCAGUCAACCUCUACACUGCCGACCCUCGAGCUGUCUACCGGGUGGAGGAGAACGAGCACCAACCGGCGCCCAAGUACGGCCGACUCUACGACCUCACUCGACGAAAUGAGGUGCAAGCUUUCUACCAGGACGACGUGAACCGACGUCGGAUUGUCUUUUUGAUCGACGAUCAGGCCGCGACUGCCUCUGUCCCAGGGACCGGAGGUCUCAUCGAGGCAGAGGAAGAUCGGGAGAGCGCUAACUCGAGUCCCGUCGUUGCGCGCAGUCUGUCCGCCACCGAAGAGACAGGAAUGCUGAAUGCGACCGCGGACGAAAUAUGGUUCACGCUCUCAAGCCCCGGCCAUCCAGAGGUUGCCAGCAGGUAG